AUGUGCGACCUAUACCACCGCCAGAUGGCAGCAAUGCCGCCUAAUAUCGUGGACGCUGAGUCGACCGAGUCGGCGGUGGCGGUGCGCGAGCACCAGAAUGCGACGCUGACGUGCAAGGCGGACGGCUUCCCCGCGCCCAAGGUCAUGUGGCGGCGCGAGGACGGACAGCCCAUUGUGCUCUCCAGGCACCGCAAAGCUUACAUCCACCAAAUUGCAGAUGAGUUGGAGGUGGAGAAGGUGCAGUGGCUGCAACAGCAUCCACAUGUCCAUGAUAAAACUGGUGAGCUAGCUGCUAAAAGCCAGAAAAUUGCGCAGAAACAGCAUUGCGUGGAGACGAGGCAGAAUAGAAGUACCGGCAGCGCGGCGUGUCUUGCAGUGAACGUGUUGGACGGCGAGCAGCUGAGCCUGUCGCGCAUCUCGAGGACCGAGAUGGGGGCCUACCUCUGCAUCGCCACCAACGGCGUGCCGCCCUCUGUCAGCAAGAGGAUCACGGUCGACGUCGAGUUCCCGCCCAUGAUCUGGGUGCCGAACCAGCUGGUGGGCGCGCCGGCGGGCACCAACGUGACGCUGGACUGCCACACGGAGGCCCACCCGCGCGCCAUCACCUACUGGCUGCGCGCCGGCGCCAUGGUGCUGCCCGCCGCCGGCAAGCUGCGCCUCGAGGCCGCCGAGAACUCCUACCGCGGCCACAUGCGACUCACGGUCGCCCAGCUCUCCGCGCCGCACGACUUCGGCAACUACCGCUGCAUCGCCAAGAACUCGCUCGGCGAGACGGAGGGCUCCAUCCGCCUCUACGGUCAGUACCCCAGCACUGCAUGA